AUGUCUGAGGCGAAUUUCCAUCGGAUCGACCCUCAUGGGGACGUCGUCAUUCUGCUUCGCAAUCCCGGGGCUUCGUUUGCUGUAUGGGACGCUGACCUGUCAUCCUCAAGAAAGAGGGCGACGGAACCCCCUGUAGCACAAGACAUCUGCGGUUCUUCUCCCAAUUACGACGAAAUUCCUGCACCCGAAUCAGUUCCAGAACCACCAAUGGAGGAAGCCCCAGCGGAAGAUUAUGCCCUUGAUCCUUGGGAUUUAGGCAUAAGAAAGAAAAAGAAGAAAAAGAAGACAAUCUUAUUCAACUUCGAUGAUGCUGAAACCGUCGAAGCAGCAAAGCCAUACGAAGAGCUGAUACCAGAACCGGAGGUAUAUCCCGAGCCAGUACCAGAGCAGGAGGCAUAUAUUGAGCCAGAACCAGAGCAGGAGGCAUAUCUCGAGCCAGAGCCAGAUCCAGAGGCAUAUGGAAGGCUACACCCAGAGCCGGAGACAUAUGAAGAAACGAAGCCAGAGACACCCGAAGAGCUAGAGGUGAGAUAUCUUGUAUCGUCGAGACACCUCGCUCUAGCAUCCCGGUACUUCUCGACUAAGCUCUCUGGCCCGUGGAUUGAAGCUUCGGUCAGGGUCAUUGAUGGCUGUUAUCACAUGGAGGCAACAGAUUGGGAUCCCGAAGCGCUCCUGAUUCUGAUGCAAAUCAUCCACGGAAAGACGAGAAGUGUGCCCCGUCAGGUAGAUCUCGAGAUGUUGGCGAAGCUGGCGGUCCUUGUGGACUACUAUGAUUGUCAUGAAGUCAUCGAGGUUUUCUAUUCUUUGUGGAUCGAGCCUUUGAGAGAAGAUCUCGCAAGUCAUUACUGUCGAGAUUCGGUUCUCUGGCUUCUCAUAUCGCACGUUUUUAGAGAAGACGCCAUCUUCAAAGACAUGACAGAAUUGGCCGUGCUGCAAAGUGCUGACCCUAUACAAACCAUGGAACUUCCUAUUCCCUCGAUAGUCGUUGAUUUGGUGGACUGGCGCAGACAAGACGCGGUCGAGUUCAUCUUCGGAGUGCUUCGCAAUCUCCUUGAUGCGUUCCGAUGCGAUACAGCUGGUUGCGACUUUACAUGUAGCAGCGUUCUCUUUGGAGCCCUGACUAAAGAAAUGGAUAGAUACGAGCUACUCGACCCCAAGCCAGUCAAGCCUUACCAAGGAUACUCCAUCGAAGACACGGAGAAAAUUGUCAGGAGUUUCCGUUCUCCAGAAUGGCGUACCAGAUAUAAACAAAGGGAAAAGCAUCCAUGCACUCUCCUAAGCAUGAUAGAAUGUUAUCUCAAUGCAGACUUCGACAAAAGCAAACAGGGCUUCGAGCUGUUCGAAGUAGUUUCGGCGCGAGUCAACGGGGGACUAAACCGGGGGAAGGGGAAGAAUGUACCAGCGGACGAGGAACCUGCGCCCACUUUGGAAGACUAA